AAUUUCAAUUUGCAGAUGAAAAAAUAGGUAAAGAGUACACAUUUUCCUUAUCGGUUUUCAUAAUAUUGUGCAAGUCGCAGGUGAACUAUUUCAAUUAUUCUUGACCUCUCCAACAGUCAAACGCUGUGAGAAAUCUAUUGAGAAUCCAACUAAAAUAUAAUCAACGCUUCAUAGAGGCAAAAGGGACACCCCAACGCCAUCGCAGCUUUGCCAUGGCUAGCUGGGAUGGGUCCUAUUAUGGGCCUGAAGACCCCAAUUUUUAUACGCAUUCAAACCAAACUAAUGUGGCCCAGAACUGGAGCUACCAUCCUGAGAAUGGUACACACCCUCGGCCAAACCGCUCAAAUUCAAGUCAUGGCUCUUCAGUCAACACAUGUCAAGAUCCACAAGGGACAAGUCAUCCUAAGUACAAUACAUCUCAACCAUUUUUUGAGAACAACAGGGCUCCACGGAACCUUCCAUCUUUCAAAUGCAAGAGCGGUAAUCCUGAUGACGAGUUCUGGAAAAAAUAUUCUACAGGGCCAUUUCUACAUCCACUACAGCCCAUAAUUGGAACAAUUGAUCCAAGUAUUGUUGAAAAUUCGAAUCUGCACGCAACGGCAGGGGAGUUUGUACCGAGCAGCUUGAAGACACUCCAAGAUGUGGCCAUGAAUUCUGCAUCAAGUGAUAAAGAUAACUUUGGAAGGAUGCAAAUUGAUAAUUACGACCUCAAAUCUCAGCAGCAAGUGGAUAAUUCUGGUUUUGGUCCCAAUGCGAGUGGGUCCAAGCCCUAUUUCUCCGACAAUAGAAAUAUGCGGGAGAAGAAAGAGAAAAAGUAUGAUAAUAAAAAAGGUGAUAACCAUAAGCAGAGAGAUUCCCAAGACACUCAAUACCAAAAUGCCAAUUCAUAUAAAAAUUCUGGUAGGAAUUCAGUCUCAAAAAAUCGUAAAUACCAAAACGAAAGAUACUCAAACAGUAGACAGUAUGCAGAAUAUGGUCGCAAUUAUCCUAGUGAUAAGGAUAAUGAUAGAAGAAAAUGGACAAAUAAUGCGGGACCUUCAAACAAUGUUAGAGAAACUUUUCCAAACGGUCCCCAAUCAGGAGAAGAUGAUGGAAGUCAAUCUCUGAAUGGUACUUCCAAUAAGUUCUCUAAAACCUCAGUUUAUGAUAAUCCUCUGGCAAACCGCAACUCUAGGCAUGAAAAUGCUAGACAAUCUAGUGGAAUGUCAAAAUAUCAUAAUGAUCGUACCACUGAAUCAAAUCACUCUAGUCACAAUUCUGAAGUUGAUUACACUCAAGCACAAAGCAAAAACGUUCGAAGAUAUUUCUAUGAAGAUCGUGGCGAAAGAUAUCGUGAUAGAAGAGAACGAUACACUGAUAGGUACGAAUCUGGAAUGAGGGAAAAAAAGCCCAAUUAUUCGGAUUACAAUGGAUAUAAAAAUAAUUAUGAAAGAGAAGAACGUGCUGAGCGAGCCAGGGAUAAAGAUAAAUUCAAAGACAAAGAGAAUUCCAGAGAUGUUAAGGACAAAGAUGUUGAAAAUUGGCGCAACAAGAAAGAUGAAGAUAACAAGGGAGGUGCUAUGAAAAAGCAGAAUAAUAAAAGAUGUGACAAAGAUGAUGAUGCCAGUCAGAGGGAACGUCUCACCGAACAAUUGGAUAGAGGACAGCUGGAGUGUUUAGUUUGCUGCGAUCGUGUCAGGCAACAGGAUGCCGUUUGGUCAUGUUCAAAUUGCUAUCACGUUUUACAUCUCAAGUGUACCAAGAAAUGGGCAAAGUCCUCACAGGCUGAAAAUGGAUGGCAUUGUCCAGCAUGCCGAAAUGUGACCUCCAGUAUCCCAGAAGAUUACUAUUGUUUCUGCGGUAAUACUAGUAAUCCAGAGUGGAAUCGUCGAGACGUAGCUCAUUCUUGUGGUGACCUUUGUGGCCGCCUACGAUCACAGACCAACUGCAUUCAUAAAUGUAACCUAUUAUGUCAUCCUGGGCCUUGCCCACCUUGCAUGGCAAUGGUUACCAAACAUUGCGGUUGCGGCAAAACUUCAAAGACAUUAAAGUGUAGCACUGAAACUCCUUUGAUAUGUUCGGCAACUUGCGAGAAGGUCUUGAAUUGCUUGACCCACAAAUGCGAAAGAGAGUGUCAUCACGGAGAGUGUGGAGAUUGUGAAAAACUAGUACAUCAAGAAUGUCAUUGUGGAAAAAACAAACGAGAUGUCCCAUGCGUGGAUGAUGUUGCAACGACCUACACUUGCGAAUCCAUUUGUGAUAAAUUAUUGGAAUGCGGUAAUCACAACUGCCAAAAGUUAUGUCAUCCAGGGCCUUGUGAACCAUGUGUUCUGAGACCAGAAGCCGUUUCUCAUUGCUGCUGUGGACAGACGCCGUUAACUCAACCACGAGAUAGCUGUUUGGAUGAGAUUCCUGUCUGUGACAAGACUUGUUCUAAGCGUCUGAAAUGUGGACAGCCUAGUAACCCUCAUAUGUGUAAAGUACAAUGCCAUCAAGGAGAUUGUCCUGAUUGCGAAUUGACAACCAAAGUCAAGUGUCGCUGCGGUAAUAUGGACAAAGAAAUUCCGUGCAAAGAAUUAACAACCAAAGCUGAUGAUGCGCGCUGCCAAAAACGAUGCACAAAGAAACGUUCAUGUGGCAGGCAUAAAUGCAACCAGUUGUGUUGUAUCGAUAUUGAACAUAUCUGUCCGUUGCCUUGCACCCAUACUUUGAGUUGCGGCAGGCACAAAUGCGAGCAAACUUGUCACAAGGGGAGAUGUCAGCCCUGUUGGCGCAGCAGUUUUGAAGAACUUUAUUGCGAGUGUGGAGCUGCUGUCAUUUAUCCUCCUGUACCAUGUGGAACGAGGCGUCCAGCUUGUGAUAGGCCCUGCUCGCGUCAGCAAGUCUGCGAACAUUCUGUAUUGCACAAUUGUCAUAGCGAACCAACAUGUCCUCCGUGCACCGUUCUCACGCAAAAGUGGUGUUAUGGUAAUCAUGAACUUCGCAAAGCUGUCCCAUGUCACGUUAACGAAGUUUCAUGUGGGUUGUCUUGCAAUAAGCCCUUGUCUUGUAAAAGACAUAAGUGCAUUACCAUAUGUCAUCCUGGCCCAUGUGAAAAACCGGGGCAAGUUUGUGCGCAACCUUGUACAAUCCCAAGAGAUUUAUGCGGCCAUAUUUGUUCAGCGCCGUGCCACGAGGGCAAGUGUCCUGAAACACCAUGCAAAGAAAUGGUGAAGGUGACUUGUCAAUGUGGGCAUAGGAGUAUGAGUCGAGCCUGUGCAGAGAAUUCUCGCGAGUUCCAAAGAAUAGCUAGUGGCAUUCUAGCGAGUAAGAUGGCUGAAAUGCAGCUCGGGCAUUCUGUGGAUUUAGAAGAUGUACUGGGGCAGGGUGCAAGAAAACAAAACCAGUUAAAAACUUUGGAAUGCAAUGACGAGUGCAAAAUAAUAGAGAGAAACCGAAGGUUGGCACUGGGAUUGCAAAUAGUUAAUCCAGAUUUGAGUGGAAAGUUAAUGCCCAGGUAUACAGAGUUCAUGAAACAGUGGGGUAAGAAAGAUCCGAACUUCUGUCAGAUGGUGCACGAUAAACUGACCGAGUUAGUCCAGCUGGCUAAAACUUCUAAACAAAAAUCUAGAAGCUAUUCAUUUGAAAGUAUGAACCGUGAUAAACGUCAUUUCGUUCAUGAAUGUUGCGAACAUUUUGGAUGCGACAGUCAGGCAUACGAUCAAGAACCGAAACGGAACAUUGUCGCUACAGCUGUCAAAGACAAGUGUUGGUUACCAAGUUUGAGUUUGCUCGAACUACUGCAAAGAGAAAGUGGUCAAAGGAAGGUACCAGGACCAAUGUUGAAUGCUGCUAAAGCAACAAGCUCUCUGAGAAACGUAGAUGUAUUACCACUGCCGAAUAAAAAGGGUCAUAAGAUCCAGCCUGUAACUGGGGCCUCAAAGUCACCAGAGCCUGAAAUAGAUUACUUCGAUUACCAGGGAUGAUCAGUUGGUAUGGGUGACUGAACGCUUGCAGAAACAGAUGAUUCAAUCUGCUCUCUGCGAUUUGAGUCUGGACUUUUCGGAAUUUUAUUUACUGAUUGAGCUGCAAAUCAAUGAUACCAAAGUCAGUACGACAAAAUAUGUAUGCUUAACUGGUUGAUAAUGUAUAGCGUACUGCUACUGCUACCUUUCAAACUUUGAUUAAGCUCGGAAUCUCUAAUAAUACUCCCGGGUAUGGUAUUCUCGGCUGAUGCUUUCAGCUUAGGGCCAAGCAAAGUUGGUACAAGAGCUGCAGCUACGGAUGUUGCCAAAUUGUUAUAUGGCGCAAGCAUAGCUAGCUGCAUUAUUCCUACAAUAUUGUAUAAAAUUAUCGAAUAAAUAAAAAUCUACAUGAAUCAAUUUAAGCAAGUAUCCAGCAAUAGCGAUAGCACUCAUUUAGUUUCACGUAUGGUUCGAGUGCAUGUGUAGUAAAUUUAGGGACAAACCUUUUUGAUUAAUGUGAGAAUUAUCCCGCGUUAGCAUACUAUUUGGCACAGUUCUUAGCAGAUGCAUGACCUUGUAGCCAGCAUGCAAAAAUGUCAAGUACAGCAUGAUGCUCCACAAGAGGAAUAUAGUUUGAAUCACAUACUUUGAUAUAUAGUGGUUGUGAAAAGCAAGUACACCAUCACUUGCUAUAAUGCAGGAAAAAUGAGCCGUAAUAAUGAGACUAAGGCAAGAUUCUUUCUGCAGCUUUUCAGGGCCAAAUUUGAGCUGAAAACCAAAUAUUCAUUACAUUUAUAAUUGCUCUUUGAUUAUCGUGUAAGUAAGAAGGUUUAAGGAUUUUACUGUAUCACUGCGUUCAUUGGAAUUCUAUAAAUUAUUUGAUCACCUGUGUCAAUUGUAGAAAAGCCAACUGGAUCAGGCAAAAAGCAGAAGUCACGCAUGGGAAUCCAAUGUCCCACAUUAUCGAGCCAAUAACUCGUGGCAUAGUCUAAAAUCAUUUUUUUAAUGCCAGAGUAAUUAAAUAUCACUUGUCAUAAUUGAGUCUAAUAAUGUAUUGCUUGAAGAAAUGACUUAUGAUUUUAACGUGCAGUAUGUUGAUAAUUUUUGGAUUUUUAUCAAAACAAAGAAAAUAUGUAUACAAAAUCGUAUUUCUCACCUCUUUGAGAUUGUAUGGAUCUAUGAAUAAACAGCCAGAUCUUGAAGCUCCCAGAA